GGCUUUUGCUCUCACAAAAAUUAAUCACCGACUUUCAACGCAUGCCAACAACAGCAGCAGCAGCAGCAACAACAACAGCAACUGCGACAGACAACAGUCGACGUCGCCGUCGCCGUCGUCGUCGACGCCUGCCAACAUUCCUGACAUAAUUUCGUGUGGAGAAAAGAUGCAUGCAACAACCACAGAGAGACAUGUGGAGCCAACGCAGCUAAGGCUUGGACACGAUUUUGGUAUUUGCAGUCAGCAAACGCCCGAUAGCGUUAUUAAAAUUGAAACAAAUCUGCAAAUGCCUGUCAAGAAUUGCAUAAAUAACCAACAACGUCGUGGACGACGACGUCGUGAGCAACGACAAGGACAAGGACAUGGACAUGGACAUGGCAAUGGACAUGGGCGACAUCCGCUCGGGCUAGGUGGCAGCCGAGGACUCCUUGGCAUUUUUUGUUUGUCCAUCAAUUUGGGCAUUUUGAUUGGCCUGGCACAUAGCACGAAUGCCGUGCCCACCGACAUCAACAGCAUCAGCAGCAUCAGCAGCAGCAGCAGCAACAGUGCAUCCUCCACAAUUGUCACGGUCGCGGUCACGCCGAGUAGCAUCAAUUCAAGUUCCAGCAGCAGCAGCAGCAACCCCACUGGCGAAUCGCUGUUGGAGCAACAACAGCCGCAGGGCCAAUGCCUGCUUGACGGCCUCUGGGUGUCGGAGACGAUGGUGCGCUGUGAGAAGCAGGCGAGUUGCCGCGCCAUCCAGCGCACAGGACAUUGUUGCCCCGAUUAUAAAUGCGAUUGCGAAAAGGAUGGCAAAACUUAUGCGAAUGGUUAUAAAUUGGUUGAUCCGGAUACACCAUGCACCGUAUGCUACUGCAAAGGUGGGGAGAUUGUGUGCAGCUCAGUGACCUGUUUCCGACGCGAUGAUUGCUUGCCCAAAUACGUGCCCGGUCGCUGCUGUCCCGAGUAUGACAAUUGUCCAAUUCUGGACAACAAUCCACCGUUGGGCAGCGAAUUGAAUAACGUGGCGCCGCCAACAGCAAAGCCAAUGCCGGCUGCACCGCCAGCUGGCUUCAAUUGGAAUAUUACCAUCAAGGAGAUAACCAAGCCGACCGAGAUACGCAUUACGGAUGACAAUCACAAGGUCAAGCAGACGAUACCCACACGCAAAGCACCAAGUACAGAGGCACCUUCGACGGCAGCAACAAGCACAACAAGCGCCACAGCAACAAACCCAUCAACAACAACAGUCGCAGCAACAGUUGCAGCAAUUGAUAUAAGUGAAGCGCCCUCAACAUCAGCAGCAGCAGCAGCAGCAGCAUCAGCAACAACAUCGUCUGCUGCAGCAAUGGAAACGAUAGCAACACCAACGCAAAACACAGCUCUUAGCACGGACACAAACCCACAAAAAGCACUUCCAGUCAAUGGCAAUGACAGCUUAAAGCUCAUCGCCUCUGUUGGCUACAUUGAGAGGCCGCUCAGCAACAGCAACAAACACAACAACAACAUUGUGGGACAACCACUGAAACCGUUAGUCAGCUAUACAGCAGAUGGCUUGCAGCCGGUGGCCGAGAAUGAUCCCAGCAAGGUGAACAUCAAGAGGGAGUACACCACAGAGGGCGUGGCAAUUGCUGCUGGUGCAGAUUCCACAUAUCUACAGAAUGGUUUCCAAAAUGCACUCGUAGAAAAUAAUGCUGGUGGCAUUGCCGGCGAACUGGAGCCGGAUACAGCAGGCAGCGAUAAUAUCUAUCACAUCAUCUCCACAACAGAGGGACCCAGCAGCGGGGGCAGCAGCACCGAGCAUCAACUGAGCACAGAGGGCAUUUUGCACAUUUCCGAGGAGAGCUCCACAUUGGGCAGCAACAACACCUCGGAGCUGGAGUCAAGCACAGAGGGUUUAGUUCUAGCCAGCAGCAGUAGCAGUAGCAGUAGUGAAUCACCCGCGUCGAGUACGACACAUUCCUUGCAUCACAUGGAGGAGGAUGAAGUGCCGCAGGUGGAAUCGAAUCCAGCUUAUCCAUCGCUACCCGAAGAUGAUUUCAGUUUGCGCGAUGUUAAUUUUCCGCUCGUCGAACUGGAAGAGCUGGUCGAGUUGGAGACCAACAAGGAUGAGCAGCGCAGCAUUGCCGGACCCUUUGAGCGGGACAAUAAGCGCUCCAAGCCAGUCACUGAUAACAUACUGGAUGCCAGUGGCAAUGGCAGUGGCAAUGGCAGCGGCGGUGGCAGCGGUGACACGGAAUUCUAUCAAUCCUUGGGCUCCACAACCGAAUACAUGCUGGCCCAGGCGUCCGGCCAAGAGAAGGUGGCCAUGUCGCAUGUGCCGCUGAUGUACAGCGCCGAGGAUAACUCCGCCGAGACGCGCAUUCAAAACGUUAACGAGCUGUCCAAGAUUAGUGCCAGGCAGCGGGAAAAUGAGACGAGCGGCGAAUUGGACAACGGCAGCGGCAAUGGUGAUCUUCGAGAGCCAACAACGCCGCGAGCAAUCAGCAUCCCAGCGCUGGACAUCGAUGAGUUGGGCUCGGGCGGUGGCCAGGCACAGAGCAGCACGGCAGAGGAUCCCAAGGCAGAUGCGGAGAGUCUCAAGUUGGAUGAGAACCAGGCCGAGCAAGCAGACACUGUGGCCAAAACAAACAACGCUGGCAAGGAGUCGGCCCGUGCCGAGAAGAGUCUCGUCGAGCAGAUCGGCGGAACGGGGGCCGAAACGGCAGUGGGUCAGCGUCUGGAGCGACUCUAUCUGCAGCGAAUAUACUGAGAGUUGCAAACAGGUAGCACAACAAAUUUUUGGUGUAUAUACAUACUAUAUAAUACAUAGCAGAGCUGUAAUUUGCAUAAUUACCAUAACAAUUACCGCUGCAGUUAAUUCAGUAAUUAAAAAAAAUGAAAUGUGCGUGAGUAAAGUGCAUUAAAUCUGUUGCAAUUGAUUCACAAAUUGUGACUAUAAUUAAGUAAUCGUCAUGGUAAUUCAACUAUACAUUUACCAAGUAAUUAAACUAAUGCGCAUUACUCAAGUAAUUGAAAUUGUUUGUCUUUAUUCAUACUGAAAUAAUUGUUAAACGUAUGUAAUGUAACGAAAGUAAUUAUUACAGCUCCAAAAAAGAACCAAGUAGAGUUGAUUAGCGAUAUCGAUAGGCAGCAAUCGAUCCUUUAAUGCGACGUCAAAUCCAACAGCAUAAAGUCUUAAGUUUAAGUAGCAAGAAACGAGAGCCACAUAAAAAAAAAUGUCUAAAUUUCGUAAGAUGCAAAUACAAUUUUUAAUGCAAAUCUCAAUCUAGCGUUAUGCGAAUUAAAACUUGAAUUUAUUUAGAGAUUAAGCCACUAAUAAUUAGCAACAAUUAUAUAAAAAUCAAGUAACAAUGAAAAAUAUUAUACAGAAAACAUAUGUAAAGCUGGGCUCCCCAAAUGCAAUAAAUAUAUUUUUAUUUACUUUUCACUAUUUGCACAUUGCAUGCAAAAGAAAUUCAUAGUUGUAGAAUUUAUUUAUUUUCAUAUAAAUAAAGAAACCUUUUUUUGUACUUU